AUGAGCCUAGCGUUAUUCUUUCAGAAUAACGUCGUUUUACCUAUUAUUCUACUUUGUUACGACCCGUCAGAUGCACUUAACAGACCCACUGGGUCGGGCGGCUACGACAGGACAUAUGUACGUAGGAUCACGGGAACAAGGGUAAACCUCUCGGCAAGGAAGAACUAUGUUACAAGUCACGUGACAAUCGACCAAUCAGGACAGAGUCGACAGAGUCGACGAGCGACUCUGUAG